AUGAGCGUCACCAGCCACUUCACGCUGCUGUCAAGAUAUCAGAAGGAUCAGAAGGAUGUUCUCGAUCAGCGCCGCGCAUCCAACAUUGAGGCGAGAAAGCGUCUGGCACAUGCGGCAACCAAGAAGAGAGCAGAAGCGAUCAAACCCCCCAAAAAGAAGAAAAUCCCCGCCAAACUCCUCGCCAGUAUCCCCAUCGACAACACCAUCUGCCGCCUCCUCGACCUCCCCCCAGAACUCCGAACCCGAAUCUACGAAUACGUCCUCGCACCCAAGAAAUCCAAAUCCUCCCCUCGCAAACGCCUCACCAUCACAAAAGACAACUUCUCCCAACCCCCUCUCCUCCGCACGUGCAAAACCAUCCGCAACGAAGCCUCCUCAAUCUACUACUUCGACACGCCCUUCAACUUCCACAUCCACGACUACGAUUCCUCUCUUCUGCAAGCCUUUUGUAAACAAGCAGGCGACUCCCGCUUCGUGCAAAAAGUCGAUAUCAAAUUGACUUUUKCGAGGAAAUCGCAGAGUUGGGGGAAUUUGAUGGUGUGGUGUAGGGCGUUUUUUGAGGAUCGCGUUAGAGGGGUGAGUUGUGAGGAUAAUUGUACGAAAUGGGAUGCGGGGUGUUGUAGGGCGAGUAUGGCGUUUGAUUUGGUGGAUCGUGUUAUGGGGGAGGGGUUGGUGUGGGAGAAGGUGGUGCCUUUAUUGGAGGUCUUGAAGAAGGCUACGGAGAGGAGGAAGAGGGGAUUGUGUGUGUGGACGUGA